AAUUUCAUGUCAGAUAUGGUAUGUAUCUUUUACGAGCAUCUUAAUUAAAUCAUAUUGAAAGCGUCAAAUGACGGAUGACGAAUGAUAAAUUAUGUAUAACUGAUAAAAAAUUAUAUUGACAACAGCAGCAGCGAUUAAAGCGGAGAUUUUUAAUCAUUUCAAAAUUACUGAAUAACCGUGUGUUUUCAUUCUUAACGUCGAAUGUUAAGAUUCGUUGUAAUCAUCGUCACUUAUCCACGACACGUUGCGAAAAUUUUAGUUUCGCGAAAACAAAAGGAAGACACGCGAUGUCCACGAUGUCCACCACCAGAGACUUGAUAGCAGAUUUGCCGAAGGGACCGCUGGAUGCGUACAGGAAACGAGCGACGUUCGAUUGGAAAUCGUUCAAGUUGGCUUUAGAUGGAGAAGAAUGCGUACGGUAUCAGAAAAAAUUGUGGCAACUUGUCGAGAGUCAUCCAGCAUUUCAAAAGUUGACGUGGCCGACAAGUUUGGAUGAAAUUCGAAAGCGCUGCAACAUUCAACAACAAAUACUUCGCAAGAAUGAUGUGGAUGCAAUUGGAGAUGGUGCAUCUUUCCUUUACGUUUUUGAAUACGAUGCGUCGCUAGCGGUAAAAACGAGUAUCGCCUUUGCUAUUGUACCAAGAACUGUAUUAGCAUUGGGUACAGACCAGCAUCAACAUCUUAUAACAGAACUUGGCUCUGGAAAUUAUAUCGGUUGUUUUGCACUGACUGAAAUUUCUCAUGGAACCAAUGCGAAAGGCAUGCGAACUAGAGCAACAUAUGACAUUGCAACGAAAAGUUUUAUCUUUCAUACACCUGAUUUUGAAGCUGCAAAAUGUUGGGCGGGUGGUUUAGGAAAAUGCGCAACGCACGCCGUCUUAUUUGCACAGCUAAUUACACCGGAUGGAGUAAACCGUGGCCUACACGUUUUCAUCGUGCCAAUUCGCGAUCCCAAAACUCAUCUAUCUUUCCCUGGUGUUACUGCUGGUGAUAUGGGUGAAAAGAUAAGUCUUAAUGGAGUAGACAAUGGAUUUCUAAUAUUUAAUAAUUACUCUGUACCACGUAGGUGCCUGUUAAAUCGCAACGCGGAUGUCAGCGAAGAUGGAAAGUAUGUCCCCACUACAAAGGAUGAACGAAAAAGAUAUGGCUCGUCUUUGGAUGUACUUACAAUAAGUCGUGUAAGCAUUACUUCGAUAUGUGGGCAUUAUAUGACUAUUGCAAUAACAAUUGCCAUACGUUACUCCGCAGUUAGAAAACAAUUUGGCCCUACAGAGGCUAAGGAAUUACCGGUUAUAGAAUAUCAAACGCAACAAUGGCGAAUUAUUCCUCAUUUAGCCGAAACAUACGCACUAAAAAUAUUUUCAAUGGCAUUGUACCAAAUACAUUCCAAUUUUAUGAUGAACCGCUUUCAAGAUGAAAAUGCAGAUUUGAUCGCUGAUACAGGAGUGGAGAUACACGUGUUAUCUUGUGCAACAAAGCCAUUGUGUGCAUGGAUUACUCGUGACGCGAUUCAGGAUUGCAGAGAAUCUUGUGGUGGGCAUGGGUACUUAAAAAUGUCACGUUUGGGUGACAUCAGAGCUCAAAAUGAUGCAAAUUGUACGUAUGAGGGCGAAAACAACGUACUUAUUCAACAAGCAAGUAAUUGGUUGUUAAAUCAAUGGGCUGAUAUGAUUAAAGGAAAGCCUGUCAUAUCACCGCUUGGUUCUGCCGAUUUUCUUGUAAACGCAGAACAAAUACUUAGCACUAAAUUUAAUCAAACUACAGUGGAAGGUGUACUGAAGCCCGAAAAUUUGCUCUUAGUUUUUAAAUGGCUGGUUUGUUAUUAUUUGAAUAAGACAUAUCGACGUAUGAUGGAACUUAAAUCAAGCGGAAUGUCUGAUUUUGAUGUACGAAAUAAUAUCCAAACGUUUCUAGCACGAACAUUGUCUCUGGUAUAUGCAGAGCAUGCACUAAUUCUAUAUUUUAUCAAAUGUAUACAAGAUCCAAAAUGGAAACCAAACGAAAAAGAAGUACUGACAAAAUUGUGUUCUUUAUUCGGAGCGGUAACAUUGGAGAAGAGAUUGGGAGAUUUAUAUGGCGGUGGUUAUGCUUCCUCUAACAGUAACAUAGAUGAUCUUUUGCGGGAGGGAAUUAUAAUUCUGUGCAGAGACUUAGUCGACAAUGCUGUUGCUUUAGUUGACGUAUUGGCACCACCAGACUUUGUCCUUAAUUCUGCUCUAGGAAUGUCGGAUGGCGAGGUGUACAAACACAUGAAGGAGUGGAUGUUCGAAAACAAAGAAAACUUUGAACGUCCAUCGUGGUGGAAUGAAAUCCGAUCUAAAUUAUAAUAUUACAAGUGUAUUUACAAGGAAUUGUUCCCCUUAUAGUACACGCACAAACACACGUGCGCGCGCGUGUUUAUGGAUUUAUAAUGUUAUCAAAAUGCAUAAUAACUUGAAAAAAACGCACAAAAUGUUAUUCGAUCAAAAAUUUAUUACAUAUUAAUAUUGAAAUAAUUUAUUAUCUAUUAUAGCAAUUAGUGCUUUGAUUAUUUAUACAUUUUUAAUGUGAUAAUUCUAAUGUUAUAAUUCUAAUGUUAUUAUUGAUAUGCUUCAAUAUCAUACAUUGUUUUUUAAUACACAAUUUGUGAAAUAUAUACAUACUAACAUUA